AUGGGCUCAUGCAUUAGCAAAUUCAAUUCCAACAAAAAAUCCCAUCAACAACAAACCGAAAGUAUUGUUCAAGAUAAGCUUGUCAUCUCACAAGCUCCCUGUUCUCUUUGUACUCCCCCGCCUCUCCCCGAGACUCCGAAACCUCCUUAUCAUUCUCCAUUGUCUCCAACGUCUUCCACUUCAGCUUCGUCGUUUUCCUCGUUUUAUUGUGCCACUAGUACUAAUAGUACUAGCAGCAGCAAUGCAUCAUUGUCGUCAUCAUCGUCUUUUUCUUCUUCAAUUAUUUGUCCUAAGGAGAGGCCGAUUUUUUCGAAUGACUACUUAAGGUCAUGCGUCAAGGAAAAUCCACAAGUGAUUAAAGGCAAGACUGAUAGGCUUUUUGAUCAAAAUCCAAAGCCUAACAAAACAAAAUUGAGGAAUAAUUUUACGAUACAAGGUAAACCAAUUGUGGCAACUCCAAGGCAAUCAAGCAACAAGGCAAAGAAGAGGUCACGCGCAAAUUCUCCAAAUCUUACACGACAGAAGAGUUUCAGAAAAGAGCCGCCUGAGAGAGGGAGUACGCCAAGUAGAAUUAUUAGAUCCCCGUCCCCAACACGAAGAUUUAAUGGUGAAAAUUACAACUACAAGGCCACUUUGCUCAAUCAAACGCCUAUAUACAAGCGACAGCCCUGUGAUUUAAAGGAAAAUUUGCGCUUUAAUUAUAAUGCAGGUGGGAAGGAAAGUAUUUCCCGAAUUACAAGUAGUCCAAAAAAUGUAUCGAGUAAAUAUGUUGGCGUAAAUCGAAUGAAUGAAGAGUACAGUUCUCAUCAGGUUGGAGAAGAGCUGCCUGCUGAUCAUGAGGAUAUAAAUAAUCCUCACAUUGCUUUGGAUUGUUUUAUUUUUCUUUGA